UCCUUCGCCAUGUGAUCAGAGCACUGGUAUAAAGCGCGAUGGAAGAUCCGCCCUCUUUAGGAUUCAGGUUCGGCCUUUUUCAGGUCCUUUAAACACACUUCAAACUACCAUCCGAAUGGUGCGCUACUGAAAAACGAAAAAAUCCCUAAAACACAUGAAAGUGCUUGGAAAAAGGGACAUCUCUUACCGCCGGCGUGCUCCUCUCAUCCCCUCAUAUGAGUUGUCUUGAAAGAGGGCAGAGUAGCACGGGCAGCAUCUCCUCUUCCUAUCCGCCGUAGCUUCUGGGAGCGCACAGCACAGUGCAGCGCUCUGCAUAACCAGCCGUGAGCCAUGACUCUGAGCUCCGAGAUGUCGGAUGCCUCCAUCCUUUCGGAAGAGACCGACAUCGACGUGGUCGGCGAAGGGGAGGAUGGGGACAGCCAGACGCGCUCCUACGUAGACGAGGUGGCGCAGAUGCACGAUGAUCUCCUGGCUGGCUCCCCGCCAUGCCUAGACAUCUCCUCGUCCCGGGAUCCGUACAAACCAGCCAGUAAGAACAUCCUGGUGAAGCCCCCAUACUCCUACAUCGCCUUAAUCACCAUGUCUAUUCUCCAGAGCCCCAAGAAGCGGCUCACCCUCAGCGAGAUCUGUGAUUUCAUCAGCAACCGUUUCCCGUACUACCGGGAAAAAUUCCCCGCGUGGCAGAACUCAAUCCGACACAAUUUGUCACUAAACGACUGUUUCGUCAAGAUACCGAGGGAACCCGGAAACCCCGGGAAGGGGAACUACUGGACCCUAGAUCCAGAGUCUGCCGAUAUGUUCGACAACGGUAGCUUUCUGAGACGACGGAAACGCUUCAAACGACAGCAGCAGCAGGACUUGCUGCGGGAGCAUAACAGUUUUAUCCCCGCUGCUGCGUACGGCUAUGGACCUUACGGCUGCGGCUACGGUAUCCAGCUGCAGUCCUACCACACACACUCUGCGCUUUUCGCGUUUCAGCAGCAGCAACAGUCCAGGCAUUCACACACUGGGACCAUUAUCUCGGCACCGUCCUUGCCCACCUCUAGUGACUUAGCGAGGAGCAGGUUUUUACCCCAGCUCAGUCCCAGCCUGGUUUCACCCAUACACACUGCAGCCAAGUCCAGCUCGCCUGUCCAGCGCUCUACCUUCUCCAUAGAGAGUAUCAUUGGGAGUUCGCUGAGCCCUGCGCACAAUCACUGUGCUUCGCGGACUUCUACUGUUCCAAUGUUAUCGUCUUCCCUCGCGCCACAGUCGCCCAACCAGCCGCUGAGUAUGCACCCAGGAACUGUUUUACACAUGGUCGAGAACUUUCCCAACAUAAUUCUGAACGGUACUAGUGGCUGUUAAUUUCUAUAAACUAACUUACAAGUUUUCAAGAAACACAAACAAAAACGCCCCCUCUUUGAAGGUAGGAUUAUUUUUGUAUGUUUUUUGGUAACACGCAGCUGAAUGAUGGACAUUAACACUAUUCGUGCCAAUUCAUUCUGUAAAAAAAAUAUUAGGCUAUAUUUAUGUUAAUACAAUUUUAGUGUCAAUCUAAUUUUCUCUACACGAACUUUCAUUGUUUAUGAAGUGAUUCAUUUAAGUCUAGGGCGUCUCAGGAUAUCGACUAAAUGAAAGGUUAUACGUGAUCACGUCUCAAACAAUGUAUAUUGUGUCAAACACACUCAUGUUUUUUAGUUUGGCAUUUUUUUUUUACUGUUUUGAUUUGUGCUCUGUAUUUAAAAGACACAAAGAUGAAGGUCAUUCAUUUAUAUGCAGUGUGUGCUUAUUUCAGUAAUAAAACAUUGUACAUUAUUUGGCAAGUAUUGUAUAAUCGGAGUGUGAUAUUUUUUACACGGUUUGUUUUUCAAUGAGAAUAAAUAUUGUUUUACA